AUGUGUAUAGGUACGUUUAGCACCGGACCGCGGCGCGCGUUCCAAGAAAUGGGCGACUUUCGUGCGACAAAUGCAGAUGCCUUCGUCCCACCGGCUUAUACAUGUGGAUUACUCAGUCGACACCAUGAGCCACAGCUCUGAUAAAAAAGAGUCUUAAGAAUUCAAGUCCUGCUAGGAUACGUUUUCGAUUAUUCAUCAUCAGUCCUGCACAGUAAUAUAAAGAGAAGGGGAGAAGGUUGAGGGGCGUUCAGAGGUCAGGGGUCAGAGUCUAGUUCUCUCAUGGGUUUAGGGAGAGGGAGGGGAAGAUGUCUGGCCAUUAGCUGUCCCUGUUUCCUAGCUGUAACUCAAUGUUGCAGUUUUUACUUCACCGAGCUGCGUUAUCAGAGUUAACACGAACUGAGAACGGGACCCCACUCCCCUGCAAUGGCGAAGACCGAACAGCAUAAGUUCACAAACCGCCGAACUCUGAGCUGGUCUCAUUUGCCACCUCCUGUUAGACGGCAACGUUGGAUGUAGGACGACCACGGCAGCAGCAAUGUGUUCGUCGAGCGAGCGGCGAAUAAUGAAAGUUGCUUCAGUCCUCUUUGUCGGAGGACUCGACGACUCAUGCUUCCGAUGUCGCAGCGAACGCCUCAUUCAAGGUCGGCCAAGGCCAGUAACUAGCAUACUCCAUGUGAGCUUGAACUAGCCUUUGUCAGAUUCGCUUUCUCGACUCAUUCUUCCACACAGUCAAUAUUCUGACGUGAUCAAACUUUGCCGAUGGCAUCACUAUGAGGACGUAUUGUUGGCUGGCAGGCCGUAAUCGUCAGCCUCAGUUACCAUCCUGGAACGGUCUGGUGUGGUCUUAAGCAACACUUUCUUGGUAUAGUCAAGCAAAUCGAACCACCUCAGUCGUCUGUUAUGGACGGCCUGAAAUAUGCUCGCGACGUUGACACGUCGAGUAAAAGCUAUCUCAUCGGAGACGUUCUCACCUGGCUGGAUACUGCGCAUGGCCCUUCUACAAGUCAUCGAGAGUGUUUGUGGACUGUCACGCUAUCUCAGUUGAUAUCCCAAGAUGUCCCCACUCACUCAGUUAGUCCUGUUCUACAUUGGAAUUAGUGCGUUUAUUUUCUGAGCUUUCGGAUUUAUGCAGGAGGCCCAACGUCAGGGGAUGAACUCUUAUACGAGUUCAAGGGCGCAGAAAGAAUAAACGAUUCCCGUGCCUGACCAGUCUCCUUCCUUAUUUGCAUGUACACUCGGACAUUCAGCUCCAUCCCUAUCUUCAAAUUUUAAGCCGCGCACAUAUAAAACGAACCAAAGAUGUGGGUUUUCAACGACCGCUUGCGUGCAGGGUAUUUUGCAGUGUUUAUGUGAGGCCAGCUGAGUCAGUCAUGAUACCAUCUGUACUAAGUGAAAAUUGGCAAGUAGAUAGCCGAAGUGGCAUUAUUACGUCCCCCAAAACAACCUUUGUAAGGAGAGCGACCACACUCCACAUCACUGAAUGAAGACUGAUAAGAGGAAUUGACUACUGUUGAGGCAGUUUUCGUUUUAUAAACUAGGUCAGUUCUGAUAGUCAGUAUUUGACAUUGCACCUGCAGGUAUUCAUAUUUGAGUCCUUUAGUUGAUUGGGAAACUUUGUUGGGUGCGGUUUGUAGACUGCGUAAGACGACUGAGGCUUUGCCUUGUCUUGUUCUCUAAAGGUAAAAACUUGUCUUAAGUCUGUUAUAACUUUGUUGAGUUUUGACAAGAAAAAAAAACAACUAUGGCGUGUAUGUAAUUUUUCCGGCUAACCGCGAAUAAAUUUGCAUAGCAAAGCACUCGAUCGUUAUAUCUGCCAUUUGCAAUUAAAGUUAUCGUUCUGUGUUAACAUGGACGGAAAAGCCUCAUAUUCGUUUGCGCAUCGUCCACCUCACACCUUCCUUUCUGAUUAACCGUAAUCGAAUGACGAGGUAAAGUCAUUACGAUUGUGAGUGCUGAAGUCCGGCCAGAGUCCGUCCUCUCAACAUUCCUCCUUAUCCAUACAAUAAAAGUGACCUUGACCAGCGGCCUCCAUAGCUAGUUAUGGGGCGUCCGGGUAGGCAAAGACCUUUUCUCAUCGGACCACCAUUAUCACUGUGCGCGGGAUUUCCUUUGAAUAAGCUAUUAAGUCCUUGUCUGUGUGGCCGUUUUCCGUAAAUCCUGUUUGAAUUUGUAUGCUGAUAAAACUGACGUGCUACUCGGCAACAUCAUACUGCAAGAAGCGUCACAAUUGAAUAUAAAGAGACUCGGGAGACGGUCGACGUUUUUAUCCACCUCGAUUCGUCCGUGAUGCCAACGGAGGAACAAGCAGACAGUAUACUCUGUCAGCUUCGGAAGCGCCUUUAGUAACUUCGUACGAUCUAACAAAGGAUAAACAUCAACUUGCGCGAAGAUUGGUUCAAAGCUAUCUAAGGUUGCGAACCUGGUAUUUUCGCUCUCCUGACUAUGACAUAUAAUUACUGAGGUCUUCUACGUAUAUCAUGACUUCUGUAUUCUCGACUGGAAAGAGUAACUGGCAGUUUGCGACACCUGGGUGUCGAGGGGAAUCAGUUAUCGUGGUCUAGUCGAGGGCGAACUUUUCCACAAUUUCUUCUGUCUCUGAUACCGUGUGUUGUUUUCGCCAUUGGCUCGCGCGCUGUUGGGUGUUUGACGGUAAUGCCAACUGAAAAAAAACUUCCCAAGAGUUACAUGCGUGGCACCUGUUCUCGAUCCCAUGGACUCUGAUGCGGUCCAAAUCAGUGCUGAGGUUAGGAAAUGCAAGCAGCAUUGGAUGCGGCCUUCCCCAUUUUAGUUUGCCACGCAGAUGACCAAGCCUGCGCGUAGGCACUAAGCCACCGAAGGACUGGCGACUCGGUGACUAACUGAGCUCUGACGGGGCAGACUGCAUGACAGACUGUCAGUUGCUGUCUGUUGGACAUGUGAGGUCAGACUGUGGCCGAUAUUUGUUAUGCCACUCCUAGGCUUUCCUGCCUGUGUCACUGUGUGUCUGGUUUGCCGAAGUCGGGCUGCUCAUCCCGUUACUGGUUUCCUUCCUCACCUGAAUGAGUACCUGCAGCUGGCAUUGCUAUUCUUAGACUUUGCGCCAGUUCCCCCUGCUGCUGCCGCUAUCGCCAACAAUCUACCUACACAUCUCUGCUUUGCCCACUGGUACUGUCAGAAGAUUUUUCAGACUGUUCGCAAACGACUUUCAGAGGUCGCGCUUAGAAAUCUGAAUAAAAUCCAGGUCCUGCUUUCGUGAAAGUAAUUGACAACUAAAGGUACAUAACCACAUCUUACCCUCGCAUGGAUUCAUAUGUGCGUCCAUUCUGUGGUCGUAUCCGCGGAGGAUGAUUGCCGUGUAUUUUUUUUCUCAUUCUCGUCCCUUCCAUCAAACCAGGCGUUAUUAUUCCCUAGAAUAGUCGACCUAUUUGAGUUCAGUUGGUAACUCACACUGGGAAUGGCUCAGUGAGAUCUUAGUUCGUCUUUUUUCAUUAGAGUGAAAGUUUGUGUAGACCAAAGUACUCCCUGUCUCUGACUCCGUUGCCACAGAGGAGAAUUAUCUAUAAACUGGCAGUCCGUAGUUACACCGUUCUCUCUAUCUCUCUCUCACUAAUAAACCCAAUAUCCUCCUUUCUCUAUAGAAGUCUCCAACCUUACUGAUGUCCUCACGCCCAGUACACCCACCACUUCCAUCUGCUCUACUGUGUCCUCCAACGCGACCACUUUUGUGCCGACUGCCAACAGUUCGAGCACAAGUAGUGUUUCCUUCCUGGGCAGCGGUAUGGUGUCUGGCAUCCGUGCAGCUUACGUGGCAGUUGGCGGACUUGCUCGUCCCAGGGAACGUCGUCGUUCUGUCAGUACUCCAGGUGGCGGAGACAGUCUCGUAUCCGUCGGAGCCGGCGCUGUGUCCUCUUCUUCGGCUGCUGCCACUGGCAGCAAAAGAAAGGCCGUCAGUGAAAACACCAGUACUUUACAGUUUCUGCGGUGCAGCGCACCACUUACGCUCAAGUCGACGACGGAGCGCAGCCAGUCGUCAGCGUCAUCUUCGGUGCCUGUCGCCGCCGCGUCGGCGGAGGAGGAAUCCUCGUCUGCGGCAGGUGCGGACUCAGUUGCUGCCGGCCGACUUCGAUUAACAACCAAACUGGUACCCAACGCAGAAUGCAUACACCUUGUUGUCACCAGCCUGGCUUCCUUGCUGGAUAUUGCUUCUCGGACUCGGCAGACGGUGUGCCCUCCACAUUACCAUCAUUGGCAUCAUCCCUCCUGCGCCCACCGUCUUUGCAUUGAUGGCCCACUAAAGGGGAUGUCUAACACAGAUGGCUUGGAGGUUGUGAACGUAAGUAUCCCUGUUCCGGAUUUCGUAGAAAUACGCUUCAUUGUACACUUACACGGAUGGGGUUUUAAUUUCGGUUCUGACCCUAAAAAGUCAUGUCCCGGAGAUUUAACUCCAAGUUCUGCACUGAUUAAUUUCCGAAAUUAUUCACCUGAAUAUAUAUAUAUAUAUGUCGAAGUCGAAUACGUUCUUUGGGAAAGGAAGUUUAUUGUAAGUUUUCGACGCCGAUUCCCCGGGUCGUCGUCAGACACAGACACAAAGCAAAUGCGUCAACACAGUUAACAUCUUAAGUGCAACUAAAAAUCGACAAUUGCUUGGCGCUCGUGCCAGUAUAUGCAUAUAUAUUGCUAAUAGAAGCGAAGGUUCGAUUCCCCGGACAUAAAUGAGAAGAGGCGAUCUCGGGAACCACGGUUGUAUUGCCCUGACGUUUCAAAAACAGACAAGCUUUCAUCGUCGGAGGUGAGUAUCGUACGGCGUCACAGUAUUUAUAGGAGGGAGGGAUAGAUAACAGUCAUGUUAACACGGUGUUAUUUAUACGGGGAGUGGUUGAUCGGCUUUGGCACUAAUUGCCUGCAUACGCACCGGGACAGAGUGGGAGGGGGGGUGACUGUUGUCAACCUGCCUGUCUUUUGUCGGGGGGUGGCAUUUGAAGGUUGGUGGCCAUCGCCCGCAUUCACGUUGACCAUAGUUGCCGUUCUGAGUUGUUAGUCUUGAUUGCAUCCAUCUGACUGCGUUUCUCCCGUCUGCUGGGGUGGUGGUCGUGGCAGCAGUGUUGAUGACUGCGCUGUCGUCGGACCCGACUUGCGGUGUGGCGACCUGUAGAUCCGUCGUAGAUUCUCCCGUGUUUGAAUUCACGUCUGGCCUAACUUUGCUCUUGCUCCUUCAUUCGUUGGGCUGCGUCCGCAGCUCUUGGUAGGCUGCCGGAAGGACGACACAAUGGUUUAUUGCGGUAUCUCCGUGUGCCAGGCCUCGAUUGUUUCCCUGACCACGCGGUCAUUGCCCCGACUCAGAAUUUUGGCGUUCUGGAAGGCGAAAGUGUGCCCAUAGUCCUCGCAGUGUUCCGCCACCAGAGACAAGGGGUCCAUUCGUCUCAUUGCCCGCAUGUGUUCGUUCAUACGGGCUUCUAACCGUUUGCCUGCCUCUCCGGCGUAGUUAGCUUCACAAGAGUUACACUGGACCUGGUAGAUGAUAUUUGUUGUCUCACCAUGUGGCAUGGGGGCCUUCGGUCUCAUAACUAAAUGUCAGAUGGUUGAGUCUGGUCGAUGAGCGAUUCCGAUCCCCAAGGGUCUUAGGAGGCGGGAAACUGCCUCUGAGGCGCUGUCGAUGCAUGGCAGUGCACACCGGACUUUUCGUUGUUCUGUUACCCGAUUUUGGUCUAGACUGCCAGCUGCCCUCGAUACAGUUACGGGGGUAUCCGUCGGCCAUGAAAAGGCGCUGAAGGUAGCGGUGUUCUGUCCUGUCAUUCGGUUCGCUGCAGGGUGUUUCUGCUCUACUGCAGAGAGUUCGCACACAGCUGCGUUUGUGACAUAACGGGUGUUUACUGUGGUAGCUUAGGAUUUGGCGUAUGUCGAUAGCCUUCCUAUACACCUUCGUUUUUAUGUGCCUGUUGGGUUUCGAUGGGCAAGAACGUCCAGGAACGGCAUCUGGUUGUUGCCUUCCGCCUCAAUUGGGAAUUGGAUGUCCGGGAGAACGGGAUUCAGGAUAUUGCGACAUUCCUCGAUCAUUUUUCGCUUGAUGAUGAUGGUGUCGCCGAGUUCAAAACUAUGGCCUGUGAGUUGUGAAAACCAGGCUCUCUAGUUUUUGCAGAACUGCCUCAGUGAUGAAGCUGGAGAGAGGCCGUCCCAGCGGCGUCCCCUUAAUCUGCUCGUACAUGGUCCCCUCGAAGGUGAAGUAAGUCUUCAGGCAGAAUUUCAAGAGUUGGACUUGAUGUCUCCGCUUCACCGACUCGCCCCUCGUCAUACUGUCCCUCGAGCGAUUCACUAACCGCUUCGAUGACCAGGUCCUGCGGUUUUGAAGUGAAGGGGGAGGUGUCGUCAAAUGACACCGUGACCUCGUCUGCAAUGAGUCACGUUCCCCUGAACCGUUCCAUAAGCUGAAUAGCUGGACGGACCGCUGUGGUCGCACCCGAGGUUAGAAACCUCAGGUGUCGGAACAGCCAUUUAGCCAGAUUGAAUGUUGGCGCGCCUCGCAGUGCCACGAUUACUCGGAGGCGGUUACAUCGGCCUUGUGUACUUUGGGUAGUCCGUAGAACCUGCAUCUGUUGGUUUAAAAGUCAGUCGUACCGACUGUCAGACAGCAAAUCUUGAGACCCAAAGACCCAAAACCACCAACAGGGCAAUCAGCAGUCGUUUAUAGCAUACCAAGCUGAAAUUUAUAUGCGAGGUAUUUUGGUAAAAGGUGCAAACGCUUUCUCACAAGAUUGCACGAAAACCAAUUUGCAAUCAACCGCAACGAUGAGCUGUACUUGGCCUAUGACCGCGUACAACAGCUUAACCACAGAUUCAUUUUUUGAGAAAGCAAGGGUGAUCGGUUUCACCAGUGAUAGGAUGACCAAGCUGACGCUCCAAAGUUUCUCGACUGCCACACUGAACCGAGCCAUAGACCUGCAUCCGGCCUACCAAGCGCCACGUUCGAGGCUCGGCUUGGUUAGAAGAGGGCCAGUAGGAAACGCGAACUCGCAAAAACGAAGUCCGACGCUCAUGGAAAGAAGGAAGGUGGCGGUUGAAGAAUUGGUGCGACCUCUGACUUGUCGAGCAUAUACAGUGCGUGACCUAUCUCAUGAAAUCUGAUAACGGAAACUGAUGCGAGAAUUUCUGGACGUCUUUAACGUUGCGCAUUUUGUUCGCUCAUCCACUUCCUUCAAUGUCCUUUUCUUGUUCAGUAAUUGUGUUUGCGUAAUUGUAUCAAGCAGAAUAUCAGUAAAUUUUGGCAGAAAUGGACACUGAAAUAUAUUCGCGCAAUUUCCUAUGCUAAUGCAUGUCCUAGGCUCCGAUUACGCAUUUGAGCGACUUUUUAAUUGAAAGGAUAGUAAUUUGUCCGCGACUGUUUUAAUAAACAGAUUUAGCUGAGCUUGAACAUUUAUUUUAUGUCCGAUGCUAACCGUAGUAAUAAACUUGCAAACGCAAAGGUUAUUUUAAGAAAACCAGUGGUAUUAUCAGCUCCUAAAAGCCAACUUGGCAGACCUGCGCGAUUUGGUGCCCUAAAGUUCAGUAAUAACGCCUAUGGGGAUUCCUUCGUUUCAAUGAGCUGAAAUUGUCUUGCCGUUUGGAAAAUUCUACCUGAUGUCACAUAAAUGACCACCACCGGAUGGUCAUUUCCAGCUUUGAGGAUAUGAAACACAACUUGUCGUGUAGUUCAGUUUCCGUGCAUAGCUUAUUCAGAAAUAGAGCGAGCAAGACCUUAAUAGUUUCAGCAAAAUAUUAGUAUUUAUAUGGGCUCUCUGCCGUGCAUUCAUAAUCGAAGAAAGGAGUCUAACGUCGAACAAAAACUGAAAAUGGCCCCAAUGUAUAGAGAAAGGCAUGUUUUACGUUUACGGUAGAAAAAUAUUAGUAUUGUUUAGGAACGUGAAAGAAAUGGUCAGAAGUGUCAAAGUUUUUACUUAGCCUCACUGUGCAAAAAUGCAAUGUGCGCAGAGAUCCGUCAACGGAGUGCGGUAAUAAAACACUUCUUAAAGAGGUAACUUAUUAAGAAAAGUUUUCUUAUUAAUCGAAGGCAUAUUCGUUGCUGACUUUCGUCGUGGACAGACAUUUUUCUUGAAAAUAAAGUUCGAUGUUUGAAUGAGUCUUCAUGUGUGACCCAAACGAUCAUCUUCUUGAAAAAGAGCGUCCGAACGCUCACUAAUUUGGUAAUCCCUUCCAGAAUAAUUUUAUUUUAAUGUUCUCAACAUACAGGUAAUUCAGAGUCUCCCUUUAUGGACGAUCUGGUGAAAACACCGAAAAUCAUGAAGUAUUCAGCAAUAUUUCGAGACCGAUCUGAAACUCAGCGUAAUCCAAAACGAAGGAAAAGUGUAAAUUAAUUUAACGGAAGAACUGUCCUCUCUAUAAACAAAAUUGUACGUUUACGGUCACGCCUGUCAGUUCUAUUUAAAUUUACUAGGCACCGACCGGCCUCAUGGCAUGUCACCUUGUGAAAACUUUUGUGCCUAUGACGUCCCCAUAGGUGAAAUCAAGCAAAAUCCAGCUUCUCUUGUUUAGCUCCAUCUCAUUUACUUCAAACGAGUGAAGGAUAACACGAAUCCCUGGAAAACUGUUUUGGAAUUUACACUCAGAAUGUAGGCAGUUGACAAACCUUAUAUGAAAUCACACUAAUUAUUAAACGAUAUUUAGAUGUGAACUCCACUGAAACACUAUUAUUAGACGUUAUUUUAUUUCUAAUUUCAUAUUUACUACGUUUUUGGAAUGAUAAUACAUUCUGUACAUCCAAAAACGAAGUUUACUAAAUUAAAGCCAUUUCUUCCGUUUUCGGGAUAUUACGCUUUUCUAAAAUAAAUCGGCAUUUCUAAACAACGCAACACUGUCUUUGAUGUUUUUUAUCCUUUAAACCAUGAGCUUACUUAACGUAGACUUUGGACUCAUGAAAUGGUGUCGGUUUGCGAGUGAUUGGCAGUCAUUCGUAAAUUUCGACAUAUUUCAUGAGUUGGGUAACGCGCUGUACAUUUGAGAUGGUACCAAAAAAGACAAGGGAGACCGGAAUGACCAUUUCUGGCUCUUUAAGCCGUCGUCAACCAGUCGUACUCAACCCCGAAAUUUAUAACGCCUGGGUUCGAUGAAAAAGGAAUCCUUGGGGAAAUUGACCAAACUGUAUUUUGUUAAAUUUUCGACGCUGGUUUCCCAGGCUCAGUUAAAACCGCAGUGCCUGUAUGAUUCCAAUCUCUUGAUCGUAUUCGUUCCAUGUACAUCCGGAGGCCUCGUUCAUGUGCGUUGUCAACCUGCGAGCUGCUGCAUUGCCUCCUAGAUUAAUGUGACUAUGACCUAUCAGGGAAGGCUCUUUGGCCACCGUUUCGGUCUUGAUUUUCCUCCGUCUUCUCCAUCGUCAAAUUAAGUCCUCGUCAUAAUCAUUGCUGUUCCCAGUGAUUUUCAUGUUUUGCCGUUUCACCGAAAAUUGCACCGGUUGGCCUUGGCUUGGAGAGUUAAACAAAAGACUGGUUGAAAAGUUAGCAACCGUGUGAUCUUUGAACAAGGUAACUCUUGGGAAAGGGACGACUGGUGCUUUGAGGCUGUCCCGAACGUCUUCGUGUAUUGAAAACAGGUGCUGUCCACGUUUUGGGUGGCCUUUAUACAUAUUUUAAUAGUUGGAAACACGCAAUCCAUGCAGAUGUACAUCUGCUACUGUUGUCCCCUACGUCUCAUCCAGCCACAGCUUUUUGCUCCCACUUGAGUUUGCGUUUAUUCGUAUCUUUGCACGUAGAACUUGUUCUAGUUUAAUCGCACUACUAUUCUGCGACCCAAAGAUGGAUUCCGGUGCCUGUUUCCUUCUACUGAUAUUUGACCGCAUAGCCCAUCAAUAAGGUGACGCCGCAUGGAUAGUUUUUUGUCUAUGUCGGGACAAUUUUUCUCUUCUCAGUGACUAAGCCACCUUUGCUUACCCACAGCAUGCGUGUGAGCGGGUGAGCUAUUUAAUGAACUGCAUUUAUACCAUAAUGUUAGACACUAAUCAGUAGCGUCGAAACAAGGUUUCAUAUUACGAACUUCACAAACUGACUCCAUAAUCAGUAGCGCACUUCCUUCUUCUUAACUGCACAGAAAUCAGGCCAAAGUGGAGUUCCGUUUUGUCCGUCAGCACCUGCCCUUUGUCGUUCAGUCAACUUUGGCAACCCAGAAUGCGGACUGAGAAGAGACACCACGACCGGACUGGUGUGUUCUGCCGACUUUGUAUCGGUUUCUUUGGAGCCUCCAUCCCCACACCAAACGACGGCGAUGAGUCCCCCGUUGCUGUCAGUCGCUGACCGCAAAAUGCCCGACACCAUUUCUCAUUCACACCAAACCUCAUGUCUUUCACACUCCUGGUUCUGUGGCGGCGGCGGCGGCGGCGGCGGUGGCGGCGGUCUGAGCGGCGCUGCGGCAUCGCCUUCAACGGUCGCAGAUGUUCGCUUGCCCGUUUCCACCGAUAUCUUCGCGUCGGACAUUGACAGACAGUCCUGCUCAGGCCGAGCGGAGCGCACCCUACGAUCUUCGAUCUACUCCUCCACACUCCUCCACUCACCUCCCUCUCCUGCCGGAAGUCUCGACUCUGGCUCGGCGAACACCGUCACCGGAGUAGCCCACGUAACCAAGGAGACGACGCGGUGGAACAAGAAGAAUAUGAAGGUAAGCAAGUUAUAGCGCUGGAUCGUUUAAUUCCUACCCUUGAGACUCUCGAGUUAUGAGAUGAGGCGCCAGCACGACCGAACUGCGUUGACAAAAGACAUCGCCAAGUAAGUCUGAAUAGCCGGAUAGUGUUGCCUCGACAAAUUACGGUUGCCUACCCUCUCGUAGCUUCCGAUUUUUUUACUCUGUUGCCACCUGCUGAACGAAGCUUGGAUUGAAAAUUAAACGGGACCAUUACCAGCUGUUAACACGGGAUAUGGUCGAGUCUGGGCGGUACUGUACUAACACAGCACUCAAGUUGUGAACCAUAUGACCAACACUCCAAACCCGCUUUACAUUACACUUUUACGUGUCUGCGUCUACGUCUUCCGGUUUGCCGAUUCCUGUGUCUGCCGGGGCGAAUUUUUAGGACUUAAUUCACGAGAUUGAGGAAGAAUCACUACCCAUGACUAGCUUUUAAUUUGUUUAGCUGUAAGCUGUGCGGCCACAUGUCAUGUUUCACCCUAGAGGCUAUGGAAACGGACUUUAUACCUGAUAUUUCGAUAAACUCAGAAGUACAACUCAGCGACCACCACGAGUCUGUUGACUAAGUUGAAACUAUUGGCCCGUCCAGUAGCUUGGAUGUGUUAUACUCUCACAAAUCUUCGAGGACCAACAGGCGUCUGCCAGCCUACCUUCCCAACCAAUCAUGCAAAUGGGUUUGUUACUUCACUGCAAAUCUUGGCGUCCCAGCUCGUUGUCUGGAGCGAGACAUGAGUUCACGGAAGGGUGGCAGUUACGGGCAUGCCUAUAAUAGGUCAUCCUGCAGGGAAGGGGUGACUUUUGGCCACGUUGGGCUUUAGUGAGACAGACCUGGGCAGCAUCCAUAUCACUCCUCUACUAUACCCAUCGUGCUCCCACCACGAGACUAGGUCGAGAUAGCAUAAGACCUCCGUCAAAGUUACCACGAAUUAAACAGACCAUCUCCCAGCCAAAGCGGGCUUCGCAUGCACAUGCCUUAAUACUGACAAAACCUGACAGCAACUGCUUUCUCACUGUUUCGCCAGUCGACGUGGUUACCACCAAGGUGUGGCUACUUCAUCCCAGGUAUUCGUACACACACACACCACAGAGUUUCGCAUCAUUUGGGUUUGAGUAUAGUAGCCGUCUUUUAGGGUUAGGCACCUUUCUUUCGAUGGACGUGCCUACCUACCCACUGGUAUGCAGUGCUGAUUAUCUAUAAGGACCACUAUCACGUCAAGGCAGCACCUAUGCUACUUAGCCUCCUGCAGUCGUUCGUCUAGGUUUAAUUGGAAUGAAAGACAGCUUUAGCAAAAGUCCAUGGGAUUGCUAGCACUCCUACGAUCAGAAUUUGUUGAGAUUACCAGACCAGUCUCUGCUAUCUGUAUGCAACAAUAACUUCAGUGUAUUUUUGAGACGUCCAAUAGACCGGAAUUUCAACACGUGCUGCCUCUUAGUUUAUGCGUUUGUAACUGAAGGCUCAACUGUAACCCUUGUAUGCAGUCUUUCGCAUUAGCAAGGUGUCACGAACGUACGGCAGUUAAUUCGUCGCAAAAGGCGAGGAUCACUGAUGCCUUCGGAGGCAACGCUGCGACCUGCUCACGAGUUGGCUUGUGGUGGAGAAGAAGAACCGUUCGAAUACUACACCCCACUCUGCCGCCCAUUGCCUGCUAUGCGCCAGCUGGAAUCUCUGGACGGGACGACUGCAGAUGGUCUCCAGCUCGACGGUUGACGUGACUUAAAACCCUCGUUCAUUGUAUGUCUCCCCAUACGCAAACGAUAGGUAAUCCGUCCACCGUGACGACGAUGGCCGUCUUCACCAGACAACGCCCGGUUUUGGGUAAUGGGUGGUCUAGUUUUGUGUGAGGAGUUAAGAUGACUACCGAGGUUGCUUUCGCGUUUUUUCAUGGAAAUAUAUAAAUUGUUUUAUUUAGCACCUACGGGGCACUACCAUGGUAGUUAAAAGUACAUUUUGAAGUGAAUUUCAGAACGAGUAGGCAAAUACUGUACAGUGCUCGGUUCAUGCUUGUAAAAAUAAACAGGCAGUUUGAUAUGAAAAGCGGCUAGCGAACAGUGCAAAAAGUUCUUUAAUUUUUUUGAGAAAGGCAAACUGAGUGUAAUUUGAUCACUUUCUAAGGAGAAAAAAACCGGUGAUCAUGGAAAGGUAAAUAUACGGGUCGGACAGGACCGUCCUGCAUGUGGGAGUUUAUGAGAGUUCGAAACGGUAAUCGUUAAGGUAGAAUUCGUAAACCGGAUGAGGCUGUUCUCUGCGUUGACAACAGAAGCAACCGUCAAGGCGGCGAGGCGAGAGAAACCUAAACGCGAUCACUCAGUCUGCUUAGAGUCCAGCCGAGGAGGGGACAUUAAGGCCAUGUUACUGCGGUAUGCGGAAAGGACACAAUUUUUAAUUCAAUAUAUGCCCUACUUCAAAUGGCCCAUAAACCCUCACUUCCUCCGAGUCUACGCGACGGCCGGCUUUGCGCGAUAGGCUGUGCAAAUUACUCUAUCUCGAACUCUCUUGUCUACGUCUAACUACGUAGUUUUGACCGUUUCCGUCAUAUAAUGCACUUUAAACGAGGCUCAUGGUUGCUACCGGAAUGACCUGUCGUACGUUAACUUUGUGCGAAUUUUCGACUCCAAGGACGUCUGUUUUUCGCCAAACCCUCGUCCUUCAGUCCCUUCCCCUUCUGUUUUUCUCUGCUCCCUGCAGCUGUCUCUGUUCGGUGGUCGUCACCACAUCUCAGACACCCCUAGUGUCCCCACGGGUACGCGCACUGUCUCCGUGCCCUCCACACCCGUUCGCGAGACCGUCCUGCAGGCGACGUCAGUGACAGUAGCAUCUUCAGUGAUCCACCUUGGCUGCGGAGACGAUACUUGUGCGCGGAGCAAGUCUCUUAAGGCCACCACUCUCAUAAAGGCUGCCACCUCUCCUUCAAACAGCAUUUGCUCGCAACAACGGGAAACUCAGCCUUUUAACUCCCCUUCCUAAGUAAGGUUAUUUCUAUCUUCUGCGUUAAACCUGCCUGCUUAGCCUUCAGACCGCGUCCCUCUUUGUUCACCAUGUCUCCCGAAUGCCUAGACUUUGCGGUUACACUGCACGCACAGGUCAGGUUUUUCACCGUUGAAAGCGAAAAUUAGUCAAGAUGUGAUCAGCAUAUGACCUGGUCCGUCCAGUUGAUGCGGCAUGAACCCUCCGUCCCAUUCAGUCAGUGCUCUUAAGCUAUUUAGGCAUACUGAUAGUCCUCAAAUACCAAGUGGGAAUGGAGAAUUAGUGUGAUUUCAUCAGUACUGCAGAGUUUGCCGCAUCGCAUUUCACACAACUCAAUCUGAGUGAUCUACUAAUUACGUGGUUAUCCUCUGCUGGCUAAUUCGUGAUUGCCUAUAAACCGUCUGACACCUGAGCACCCUCUUGAGGUGUCAUUUAGCCUCAACGCGGUACAUAGCCUCGUAACGACACAGGUAAGGUGAGUACAAAAGCGUCUUCGAUGCCUGCGUAGGCAUGAUAUACAAUUAAAACCGACGUCAGUUUUUUACUGCUAUUCAUCACAGUGUUUCCUUAUUUUCUGACGAUCUGUCCAAGCGUUCAAAUUUCUUCUUGAAUGACAUUUGGAGCCCCUGUAACCCUGUGUCGGACGAUAGCCGUUUCGGAUGACGUUUUAACAAUAACCGAUAAGUGUUGCCGACAAAGAAAACAUAUCUGCUGUACCCACCGACUAGUUACGGGCAUCUGAGACACGGGUUAUCUCGUUAUCAAACACUUUCUAGUCACACGGCCUAGUCUCUGAAUCUCUGGCCCACACCCUGUUUGUCGCGGCUGAAAGGGCUCAAAGUCGCAUAGUUGCUGACUUUGUCAAUCUAUCCUGAUUUCAAAGGGGGAAAAAUAGUUCCGACUUGCUUUGGAUUUGCGGGUCUAGGGCGCUGGUAUGAGAUCGCAUAGCGACGGACAAUAGCCUAUCAACAAUUGUGAAUGGCAAACAAAGGGGGAACGAUAAUGGCCUUUUUUGUUCUGUAUUUGCGGUCACUAGUCAGUCACUCCCGAAGCCCAUGCUCGCAAUUGCCGGCAGUAAUAUCAACAUAAUUGCUCAAGAGGUGAAUACUGGCCAAAAAGACGCCGACCUGCCACUCUUCCCACCACCGUUUUCGUUACAUCUACAAGAAGCUAAAUAUGAACUUAAAAGUGAAUUACGCGGAAAAGCAUUUUAACAUUACUGACAAAGACAAGGGAGACUGGAAUGUCCAUUUCUGGCUUAUUAGCCGUCGUCAACCAAUCAUACUCAACCCCGAGGUGUGGAACACCUGGGGCUCCAACUUACGACCUGUUGGCUAGAAGCCCAACGCUGACGACGACUAAUGAGUCAGAAAUGACAAUUUAAGGCCUCCCCUGUCUUUGUUGAUAAUGUUAUUCUGCCUACAUUACGCAAGGCUGUGCGGCUACUGGUUGGACUUGGGAGAGACCCCCAAGACACAACGGGACGAGUGAGUUCCGUAACACGAUCGAUGAGUGCUUUUCCACCAAAAGCAUUGUGCUGAAUCUGGCGAUGUCCCUUGCAUAUUUAACACUGGCCCAAGUCUAUUCUAACCGGGGAACCGCUUACGCUCAACCUAGUUAGUACCGCUAAAAUGUUUACUACGUCGCUGCUUCGUCCACCACUGGCAACCCGGCUUGUUCUGAUGAAUUAUCCUUCACAUCAUUGGCUCAAUUCAGGCCAACGUUUAGUCCAAGUUAUUGACCAUGCAUGAAGACCGGUUUUGUACUCGCAAUCAUUAUGAAACCUUUGUGAUAAAGAACUGCAGUAUGCAUACUGCCCUCUUUUCUAACGGUUAGGCUUCUGAUCUGCACUUCAUCAUAGUCGCCACCACUUUUGAUAGUACGACUAUUGGAACCGUCGGGGUCCACCAUUGCCUCAGGCGGUGAGCGAAGUCUUUAGUCUGUUCCGGGUUUCGAAGAUGGACUGAGUUAUCUUGUCAGUUUCGUACCACAGCGGAUAGCGGCUCAUGAUAGGUAAGCGCGCGUCAGAUUUAUUGUCACGAAGAGCUUAACAACGUCGGCUUUACUCGCCCCUCUUCCAUGGACUAAUGGUCUGUUCAAACCGUUUGCCGAAUUGCGAUGGGAUCGAGCGCACAUUGAUUAUCACAACAUAAAGACCCCUGUCUGUGCAUACUGCACGCGCUGGCAUUUCACUCUGCCCAACGCAGCCAAGCCUCAUCAAAAGGCUCAGCCCCUACGUAAUUGAGAUACGCCAGUUGUCACUUAGCGCGUUUUGAUCGUCACAACGACGCUAGCAAGUUGUGUUGCAUGGUUAUUGAGUGAUAUGCAGUGAUUUACUGGUGGUUGAUGUGCCUAUGCGUGAAGCCAUAUAGGCCUAUAUAUGGUCCGAGCGUGCCUGUAUAACAUAGCCAGUACGAGAUGUCUGUAUGCGUCUUCUGUCAGCACCCAGUAGCAGCAGUGGCGGUAAAAUUGUCGUCUGGGCGGUGGCUCGUCAGUCAUCCUUACGACGCCCUAGUUCCACCUGCUUCAACAUGGCGCAGAUGCUGAACACGUUCGUCUCUCCAUGUUUCGUCCUGACUAUUCUCCUGCACCAACUGGGAUAACAGUGGUUUAGAUUUCCUGUCCAGCAGUUGAAAGGACUGGGUUCUGGGACCUGACUUAAACAUUUGGGAUGAUUGUAAUGACUUCUUCCUUUUCGCUGUAUAUUGUGAACUACCAUUGACCACCAUGUUUUUCAAGAAUGACUACCAAACGACCAGUUCGCCUCACUCAGACAAACCAGACAGUCGUACACCAUCGCCUUCAGAAAUGCACCUGUUAUAAACGGAACAUUUCCGAACAGUGUUUUGCGACGCGUGCUGGUAUACGACAAUGGAUCAAGGGAACUGUUUCCACUACCUUCUGCUUCAAAGUUAACUACCCUUCACCUGAAAACCAGAAAUGUCCUGAUUUACUGCCAAUCGUGGUUUUGAACCGAUUCCUUCGUUGUCACCAGUCAGAUGAUGGCGUUGAGUUUAGGGCAUCAACAUUCAUCUUUGAGGCCCGGUGGAUCCGGAAUAUUAGCUUCCGUUAGUACACACAAACGAACUAAUUAGAUUUGGCAGUAGAGACAUUCUGAGGUUCAUGGGUUUGUGAUGGUGGCUCUUUUUGCGAAGAUCUUACAUGUUUCUGUCCUGACUGGCUGGAUACCGGGGACUGAAUUCUAGACCAAAACGCUGAAUACGAUAACGAUCCUCCUUUUUGCCGGGUCGAUUUAUCCCAGUAAAUAAGAAUGGUCAGCAAGAAGGGGAGCAGGCGAGCAAAUAACAGAAGCGGGACUUGAACUUGGACGAAGGUAGAAUGAACCAACCCCUGUGGAAAAACUCUGGGGAGGGCAAGGAGGGACUAGAUAACGUCGUUCCCUCCACCAUCGGCGACGUAGUCUAUCGGCGUGUGCGCAUACAUAUUUGUUACGGAGUUUAUAACAUUUCCCGGCCACUUACUUUUUACUUCGGAUAGAUGCAUGUUGCUUCUAUCGAAAACACUCACAGACUCUAUCACUCAGUCGCACAACCUGCGAAGUUUGAUUGAGAGUAUUUUUUGAUGACAUCAGAAAAACCAUCGUGUUCGUAGCGGAGGUGACGAAUCGAUUGUAAUGAUGUCUGGUUGUUCGUUUUGUGUUAUUAGCAAUCACACGACCCCUUGAAGAUGUUUGGUGAAAAGUUAGGACUACAAUUUGUCGGCAAAUCUUGCUUUACGCGGGGUAAGGCUGUUCCAGAUAUUCGCAAUUGAGCCAACGCACCAGUGCAUUAACUAACCUGGGUUUGUAAUCCAUACUACGCUAUCUGGCCUGCUUAAUUAAGUGCUAAUCAAAAUUCUGAACUGUCUUCGAUUAGAAGGGAUUACUUAGGUGGGGUGUUAAUAUUAUCGUGCAAUAUAAUCCCAAGAUAUGUCAGUCACGCUAGGGUGCUGACAUUCGAAUGAGCUUCCCAGCCGCCUGCAAAGACCGUACUCAGCUGUAUUUUCUAGAAAACAUGCACAAGGAUAUUCGCCCCUGUACUUAUUUGGUAGCAAAUCUCGUUUUUUUUUCAAAUUUUAUGACUGAUGAAACGGUAUCUUUCGGUUUUCAAGGAGCUUGCUCAAUCCCCGAAUAAUUUCGAACUCUAACCUCACUUGUACUGGCGCAUAGGGCCUCCAAACUAAAGACUUUAUACUUUCCGUAUAAGAAAAAUUACGCAUUUCUCUAGGCUACUCAGAAGAUGCCAUAUAGGGAUGAUGUUGUCAUAAAAAUAACAGGUACGGUGCCGCACGAACGGACACUUCGCGAUCUUAAAAAUCUCGUAAUUGCAAGCUGUUUUAAAGCCCAAACAUGCCUUUCCCCACUUAUAAAAUUUAUGACGUGAUUUACUACGAAGUGGGUAUGAGAAGUGACCUUUUUGUGUGUUUUGUACAAAAUACAUAUGGAUUUAUAUGGAAAUAGAGAAACAAUGGGAAUAAAUCAUACUGCUCCGCUAGUCAUUUUAUGCCGAACGUGGUUUUUUUGCAGGCGUUCAUAAAGGGCUCAUUCAAAAGCCGGCAUCCUGACGUGGUUGACAUAACUGAGGAUUAUGCCGCAAGAUGACCAAUAUUGCCACUCCACCUAAUUAAUCCUUACUAAUCGAAAUCGCAUUUCCGAAUUUGAGUUUACGUGAUGACUCAGCUGCUGUGAGUACCCUUACAGCCCCACUUCACUUAAUUUUUCAUAUUUCAAGGCAAUUUUGAAAUUCAAUAACUGUUACGCGUUUGAUAGGCUCAUUUAGUAAAAAAAAACUCAGCACGUUGGAUUUUGCUCUUGAUUUUUUCAAUUUUAGGAGUAAUAGACUACCUUCUGGUAACGACAUACGGAAUUCUUUUUUUAGUUCAGCGCCUUCUGAAUGUCCCUUCGAAAGAAAUUAUGCUUUAGAAAACCAACUCACUAAUCCGGGCAUCAAGUAACAGAUCCGACAAAUUGGUCGAUAACGCCGAUUUUUUCUUGUCCUUUGUGGUUACCAGCCGUUAUCAGACAUCUGAUGAAUUUAAAAAGGUUUUUAAUCUGACUGGCACCACAUCUGCCUGCCUGGCCUGGCUCGAGUCCCUGAAUCGGAUUCGGAUGUCCCGGCAAGAUCUGUAUCCUUCCAAAUCUAUGAGUAACGCCAUAUCUCAACAUUUCAGGUGCUUUAGUCGAAGCCCCCGGCCGACCUUGCGUAAGCAGGUCGCCAAUGCGUACCGGGACCUCUCUUACCAUCCGGCAGAAGUUUCAGAGAGAGUUCGAUUGUCCAUCACCGUUUGGGAGUGACAUCUUAGAUCAGUCUGUUCCACGAUGGUCUGGUGUCCCCUAGUUAUUAACCUAUUAUGACUGUUAAACGAGUCAGUUUAUCACGUUACAUGUCCUGUUAACUGGACUGCACAAUUUGCUGCAUAACCAUCCUAUAAUAUUGGGCCCUGUUACCGUGCAACGGAUAAAAACGCGCUUCGUGCGGUCGUCAUCGUUCUUGCCGUACUGCAGCCGAUUACCUAUGAUUGUUUUUUUCCUUUUAGUCCCUACCUUCCACCAACAGACCCAUCGCAAAUGCCUCAAGGGAUCCACUCUAUCGCCGUGUGUGCGUACACGAGCACAAGCUGGUGGAACACUACAUUCCGCGUUGAUCAGACCCCUGACCGCCUCACCUCGGGGCCGAUUGACCUCAUAAAAGAUGUACACAAAUAG